AUGCCGACGAGAGAGGAGAAAAAGCUGGGCGAUCGUUUGGCCCAACGUAAGGGACUCCUUGCGAUUCGCAAUGCAUUGGAGAAGUUUGUUCGCGAGUACGAUCACGAUCGCGAUGCCAGUCAACUGUGUGUACGAUUGGACUCGUUGGAUCAAUUGAACGCAAACUUUUUGGAGUGUCAGGAUGCUAUUGAACAGUUGGAUAAACCGGAAUCACUGGAUGAGCAUAUCGUCGAACGUGUGGAGUUCGAACAGCGGUACUGCAAGGCAAAGGGCUUUCUACUUACAAAACGCACUGGGGAUCAAAAUCAGUCGAUGAACAAUUCUAUGCUGGCUCCGCAACAUUUCACUCCAAACUUCCACCUCCGUCUACCAAAAAUAGAUUUGCCGAAGUUCAACGGGGAUUUUUCUCGUUGGAUUUCAUUUCGGGAUACAUUUACGUCAAUGGUCCAUGCAAAUGGUGAUAUACCUACAGUUGCCAAAUUGCAGUAUCUUCUCCAAUCUCUCGAAGGGGAUGCCAAGAAACCCUUCGAAUCAAUUGACAUCGAAGCCGACAACUACGCUACAACAUGGGACGCUCUGAUCAAGAGGUACGACAACCGACGAUACCUCAAAAGGCAACUCUUUCGAGCAUUGUACGACUUGCCAGCAGUUAAGCAGGAGUGUGCGAAACGCAUUCACGGUUUGGUCGACGAUUAUCAACGUCAUGUUCGCGCCCUCGCCAAACUGGGUGAACCCGUGAAUCAUUGGGACACGCCGCUCAUCAAUUUACUUUCGUACAAACUGGAUCAAGGAACGCUACGAGCCUGGGAAGAGAAGGCAAGUCAACGGGACGACGUGACAUACAAGGAACUGGUCGAUUUUCUCUAUCAACGAGUUCGGAUUCUCAAUUCCGUCGGGCCUGAUUCACAACCAUUCACCUCAAUGAAGGUGGCCGGCAUCCAUAAUAAAGGAUUCAAGUCAAAGGUAUCAGCUAAUGCAGCAACAGCUUCGUCUCCACAGUAUUCAUGUCCACUGUCUUGUUCAGACAGUCAUUCGAUUCGAAACUGUCCUGUGUUUCUUGGGAAGGAUGUCAGCCAGCGACGCGUGCUGGUUUCCCAGAAACGAUUAUGUUGGAACUGCUUAAGCUUCGGUCACCAAUCCAAGAAGUGUGGUUCCAAAUUCACUUGUCGAACUUGUCACGACAAACAUCAUUCUCUCCUGCACGAUCCUGCUCCAAUGAAGGUAUCAGCGACGCCUGCCAUUCUAUCCAGUUCAGUUGAGUCUCGAAGUUCUACCGUGUCACCGAAUCUUGCUGUACCAUCAGCUUCCCCGGUUCAACAAUCGCUUCCUCCCACGUCACCAAUCGUGGAACCUUCUGGCUCCCGCCAAGUCAGCAUGGCAGUCCAAACCAUGACAUUGCUGGAAACGGUUGUUCUUAACAUUAUCGACGACUACGGUAAAACGCACAAGGCCCGAGCUCUCCUCGAUUCAGCAUCGAUGUCGAAUUUCAUUUCGAAACCGCUAGCUAAGAACCUCUACAGUCGCCGAUCAACAGUCAACGUGUCCGUCGCAGGCAUUGGAUCAUCCACACAGAAGGUCAGUACUGCCAUUACCGCAACCAUCGAGUCGGGAGAUCAAACGAUCUCGAUGAAAUUGCAGUUUUUGGUAUUGAAGCAGCCAUCAUCGGAGCUGCCAACAACGCCGAUUGACAUUUCGGCAUGGAAAAUUCCGGAUGUAAGGCUAGCAGAUCCUCAGUUCAGUAUUCCCGGAAGUGUCGACCUCGUCAUCGGCAGUGAAACUUAUUGGGAACUCCACACGGGUAGGAAGAUUUCUCUGGGUGAAGGUCUUCCGUGGGUAGUCGAAACCCCAUUUGGUUGGGCGGUUACUGGUCCCGCAGCUCGCACGGCUACCUGCAUUCCUCGAUUCUGCUAUCUCUCCACCGUAGAUGAACGGCUGGAAUCCACUCUACAAAGGUUUUGGGAAAUGGAAACAAUUCCAUCGGAUCCGGUCCAGUCUACCGAAGAAAGUCGUUGUGAGGAGCUGUACGCUGCAACGACUACGCGCGAUUCAUCAGGAAGGUUCAUGGAGGAGUAUCUGCAACUUGGACACAUGAAGAAGGUGGAAGAGCCUGUAGAUGACCACAUUCAACACUGCUAUAUUCCACAUCACGUCGUCUUCAAGGAAUCCAGUACGACCACGAAAGUCAGGGUUGUCUUCGACGCGUCAUGCAAGACUUCGUCGGGCUAUUCCUUGAACGACACUCUGCUUGUUGGACCUGUUGUUCAGCAAGAUCUCUACUCGAUCUAUUUGAGAUUCCGGACAAGAGUUGUCGCCAUCGUAGCAGAUGUCGAGAAGAUGUAUCGACAAGUGCUGCAUCAUCGAAUCGACCUAGUAUUCCUCCGCAUACGAUAUCGUAGAAGUCCUACCGAUCCAAUCGCCACAUACGAACUACAAACUGUCACCUACGGAACAGCAAGCGCUCCUUAUUUGGCAACGAAGACACUUCAGCAGAUCGCGAAGGAUCAUGAGCAUUUGUAUCCCGCUGCAGUCAACUCGGUUGUUGAAGAUUUCUACGUCGACGAUCUUUUGUCUGGAGCAUCGGAUGUGGAAGCUGCGAUUAUUCUCCGCCGAUAA